AUGUUUUCUUGUAUCUUUCCUAUAUACGUUAACGAGUUCCAUCUUAUCUACUAUGUAUUGUAUUUACAUGUUUUUCUAUUGGCACAGUGUCUCUCCCCAAAAGAGAUUCUGAAUGACUUCUCCAUCACUUCUGAGGCGCUGAUCAGCGAGAGACAGUUCCUGCACAUCUGCCCCCUCCUCAUCACACAAAUCGACAGCCGUGCUUGUAUCCAACACAGUAACAACACGCAUGCGGUGCGAACCACUGAGCCUUUGGGUAGCGGGCCUGGGGCCGUUUGGGGGUGGGCAUCCCUGGCCGUCACCGUCAUCAGCCUGGUGUCCCUAUUGGCUGUUGCCAUGGUACCGCUGACGACGAGAUCGUUCUAUACAUACCUCAUCACGUUCCUGGUGGCCCUGGCUGUCGGCUGUCUGUCUGGUGACGCCGUGCUACAUCUCAUACCACAUGCUUUAGGUAUCCAUGGCGACCACGAUGAAGCCGAUCAGGAUCACGUGACGGAGGCAGACCCAGCCAGCUCCGUCUGGAAAGGCUGCGUGGUGCUUGUCGGGAUUUUUUCCUUCUUCAUCCUCGAGAAAACUAUCGGUGUGGUGACGUCAGCAAGGAGUAAGAAGAAAGACCGACUACAUCUACGAAAUAGCUUCUUCAGAAAUCGGGAAGACUUCGUAGGCUACAAGCUGUCCACUACCUUCAGCGACGAACCAGAAAUAGAACUGAGUCUAAUGGAUGAAGGUGUCCAUUCUCAAGAAAAUAACGAACAGCGUCCUAGCGGCCAUUCUCACAGCCACCAAGGUCAUUCUCAUAGCCACCAAGGUCAUUCUCACAGCCACCAAGGUCAUUCUCACAGCCACCAAGGUCAUUCUCACAGCCACCAAGGUCAUUCUCACAGCCACCAAGGUCAUUCUCACAGCCAUGGCGGCCACUCCCACGACAGGAAUGCUGGGAUAGCGUCCGUAGCGUGGAUGGUCAUUAUGGGAGACGGACUUCACAACUUCGCUGACGGAGUGACUAUAGGAGCUGCCUUCGCCGCUAGUCUUACCGCGGGACUCAGUACGUCAAUCGCAGUGUUCUGUCACGAACUCCCUCAUGAGUUGGGUGAUUUUGCGAUACUUCUCAAAGCUGGGAUGUCAUUCAAGCACGCCAUAACCUACAACCUGGUGUCUGGUAUUAUCAGUUUCGUGGGUAUGGCCGUCGGAGUCGGGAUGGGCAAGUCCAACCAAGUCGGCCCCUGGGUCUUCGCUUUGGCCGGCGGCAUGUUUCUGUACAUCGCUCUUGUGGACAUGUUACCAGAACUGCUCCAUGGAUCCUCGGAGGACAGAAGUGACACAGACGAUCAGAAGAAGAAGAAGACAGCUAACUCUGCGGUUGUUCAUGUCCUUGUACAAUCGGCAGGCAUGCUCACAGGCGUGGUCAUCAUGCUGCUGAUAGCUAUAUUUGAGGAUGACUUGGAGAAGGUGCUGGGACAAUAGACCCAUCCGAAUCGAACCCAUCGAACUCCAUCGAACCCCAUAUUCUAUUUCAGGGGUUCGAUGUGUUCGAUCCAAUUCAAACACCUUGGUCAAAAUAGAACAGGAGGUUCGAUGUGUUCGAUCCAAUUCAAACACCUUGGUCAAAAUAGAACAGGGGGUUCGAUGUGUUCGAUCCAAU